AUGCAGACUACUGAGACAACAGUCCGAAUGGCUGAAAGUGAAGAAUUUCCAACGGAGGUUGAAAUUUUCGAAGAUGUUCACGAUUCUCAGUUUAUUCGACCCAUGAGGAUGAAAUUCAAAAGGGGUGAUAAGCUAAUCAAAUGGGAUCUUAUCCUACGUCAUGACAGUGUUGCCUGUUUACUGUACCACAAACGGAAACAGUUACUGCUCUUUGUAAAGCAGUUCCGGCCACCUGUCUAUAUAUCGAAAGUACGUAGACUAGACGGAAACGUUGAUAAAAAGUGGAAUGAAAUAAAUUGGUCGAAAUAUCCAAUAAGUAUGGGUGAAACGAUCGAACUCUGCGCUGGUAUUAUUGAUAAACCGAAUGUUAGUUGGAGAAAGCAUAUGCAAGAAGAAAUUCAUGAAGAAUGUGGCUAUAGUGUUGACGAAGCUUGCAUUCAAAGCAUAAAAACAUUUGUAACAGGUGUCGGUUCAUCGGGUUCCCGGCAGGAAUUGUUUUACGCUGAGAUCGAUGAAACGAUGAAAGUUAGUGAAGGAGGUGGCAUAGAUUCCGAAAAAAUUGAUAAGAUUUUCAUGACGAUACCUGAAGCGCAGAAAUAUUGUGAUCAAAAUGAAGUAGCAAGUUCUCCUGGAAUGCUUUAUGGUUUGAUGUGGUUUUUCAAAAAUCGAAUAUAA